AUGGCAGACGAAGUUGUGUUUGAGUACCUGCACAUGGAAAUGAUAAACUAUUUAUACAGAACUGCGGAAAAAAUAGAACAAGAUCAGUGCAUUUCCAAAUUGGAAUCAUUGGGUUUUCGUGUUGGUCAAAGUCUAAGUGAAAGAUUCACAAAAGACUGUUCAAGAUUCAAAGAUGAGCUUGAUACAAUGAAAUUUAUUUGUAAAGACUUUUGGAAUUCAGUUUACAAGAAGCAAGUGGACAACCUGAGGACAAAUCACCAGGGUGUGUAUGUUCUUCAAGACAACAAAUUUAGGUUCCUUACACAGAUAUCUAGUGGGAAACAGUAUAUGGAUGCUGCACCAAAGUACUUGGCCUUUCCAUGUGGGAUGAUAAGAGGAGCAUUGUCCAACCUUGGAAUUAAUUGUGUGGUGACAGCAGAAGUCAGUGCAAUGCCAGCAUGUAAAUUUCAGAUACAGAUACAAAGAAUUUGAGACUAAACAAAUACAGUAGGACCUUAAAAUUCUGUUCCUUUACACUAUUCUCAUUGUGAAGUGGAAAAGUACAAUUCUAGUUAGAUUGAUACCUGGUAUACUGUGUAUAUUGCUCGGUUACAUUUUGUAAAUUAUUCCAUUACUGAUAAUUUUGCCCUACUAACAUGAAAUAGUGUUUUCAAUUUACUACUUUUUUCAGUGUUGAAGGGAUCAAGUAAUUUUGUAAUAGAGAAUGAGUGAUGACACUGAUUUAUGAUUGAUAAAGUAUGGCCUGAAGAAUAAAAAUCAAUAUAUUGUGGAGCAUUUCCAACUGCAAAUAAAUUUUCAUUCUGCCUGUAUGGAAAUACAGAUAAAUGUAUGUAAGGUCUAUAUUAGACAAAUCAAAGUAAUUAAAUUUCCUAGUUCUGGAAUAGUCAGACAGUUUACAUACAAAAGUAUUGUGAUUUAUAAUUCAUUUCAUGAGACAUUAUGAUCUAGCCAGAUUAAAUGCAAUGCUAUAUGUAUUAUGAAAAAUCACACAAGAGAGAAUUGCGAUUACAAUCCUCACAGCUCACACUUUAUUAGAGGUUCUGGUAGGCUAUAAUACAUAUUCAUCCAUAUUGAAAAACUGAAUCCUGAAAUUUUCACAACAGGGAGCAUAACUUUUUAUUGUACACCCAAACAAAAGUAAGGGGAUGUAACAUAUAUAUCAAGUUUCCUGUCAGAUAUUGCAGCUAAAUGGAAAUUGUUGUCAUAAAUAUAUAUCAGGGAAGAUCAAGGUGAGUAGGUCAUAAAAAGAGAUUAUCAAAAUGUUGUGCUAAGUGUUGAAUCAUUACAUAUUCAUAUGAUUUCAAUAAUUAAUAUGUGUGUGUUGUAGACACAGAUUUAUGUUUGAAAGCUUGAAAUAGUUAUGAUAGUGGUGAGAAAGGGAGAUGUAGCUUUAUAAAUAAGAUGUAUGAAGUGGUAAAUAAAAGGAAUAUGUGCAAUAAAUGUUUUUGUAGCA